GGAGAAGGGACUGGAGCGGAAGAAACAGAAAUGAAGUUGUUCUAUGGAAUGUAAAUAAGGGAAGGGCAGGCCACCAGCAUUGGCCAGCAAUAUUAGUCCCGAGAUGUGGGUGUUACCCGGAGCAUGAGCUCAGGCACGAACCUGGAGCUGAGGCUGGGAACCGGCUCAGUAAAGCUGUCGGGUGCCUCGGGCGCUGCGAAGCCCAGGUGUGCGAACUACAGGAUGGGAAGGACAGACAGAACUGAAGGAGACUGGCGAAGGAGACGCCAGGGCCAGACACCGAAUAGGUGCGGGGCAAGCGCCGGGUAGCUCAGCGGAUGACAGGUCAUCCACUGGAGCAUUGCUUGUGUGUGUCACCGUGAGGUACACUUUCACGGACUCCGCCUUCAGCUCCGUGGCGUGCGGACCUGGCUCCCCACUCACUGCCCAGCGCCGGAACGCUCCUAUCAUCCGACAAGCCGCGGCUGGCCGCCCCUCCAAUUGCUCCUCCCACGGGAGUGGCUUUCGCCGGGUGUUUUUCACUUCUCUUCGAUCCUGCACACCCUGCAACUUUCUUUUUCCUUUGAUAACCACAUUAUUUUGAUGGUUUGGUCUUUUGUUUUGAGACCCGCCUCACUAUGUAUCCCUGUCUGGCCUAGAACUCACUGAUCUGCCUGCUUCUGCCUCUCGAGUGUUGGGAUAAAGGCGUGCGCCAUCUCGCCGAGCUAGCCACAUUCUUUUGACCACUCGAGUCAUUGUGCUUGUCUUUCCCUGUUCCCCGUGGAGCAUGAGAUUCAGGGUCUGGACCUUGAGAAUCGCCGGGCGACCCCAGCUGACUAAGCGGCCACGGAGACAGCGCUCCCCCAUCUCUCUCCCUGUUCCGCGACGAGUGCAUAAGGAGGGCGGUCCACGCGCGGGCCGAAUCCCCCACCUCCACGCCCCACGCCUGCCAGAAACUCCGGCUAGAGAGGAGGGGAAAAAGGAGGACGCUGCUUGGUUAGAUAGCAUCCCCACUCCAGGACAAGCCGCUCGGCGACAGCGGCCAGGUGGGCUCCACCUUAAGCCAGAGGCCCGCCCCACGACUGUACACACCCUUUCGGCUCGGCUGCGCUCCCGGCAUCCCUCACGCGUGGACGCUGGGCUUCCGGACCUGGGCGGAGCCCGCGGGUUUGGCCGAUUGCGUCUUCUCGGCCCAAGCCUUCCAAGCACCCGGUGCCAGGGGCCAUGGAGCCCCGGGCAGUUGUGGAUGCUUUGGAGACGGGAGAGGAAGACACAGUGGCAGAAGCUCUGCAGUCGUUCAACCGGGAGCACUCCCAGAGCUUCACCUUCGAUGAUGCCCAACAGGAGGACAGGAAGAGACUCGCAAAGCUGCUGGUCUCCGUACUAGAGCAGGGCUUGUCACCAUCACACCGUGUCACCUGGCUGCAGACCAUCCGAAUCCUAUCCCGAGACCGCAGCUGCCUGGACUCAUUUGCCAGCCACCAGAGCCUACAUGCACUAGCCUGCUAUGCUGACAUCACCGUCUCAGAGGAGCCCAUCCCACAGCCCCCAGACAUGGAUGUCCUACUCGAGUCUCUCAAAUGCCUGUGCAAUCUCGUGCUCAGCAGCCCUACGGCACAGAUGCUAGCAGCAGAGGCUCGCCUGGUGGUGAGGCUAGCCGAGCGCGUGGGACUGUACCGCAAAAGGAGCUAUCCCCACGAAGUCCAGUUCUUUGACUUGAGGCUCCUUUUCCUGCUAACAGCCCUUCGCACUGAUGUGCGCCAGCAGCUGUUUCAGGAGCUGCAUGGUGUGCGCCUGCUGACAGAUGCACUGGAACUGACACUGGGGGUGGCCCCCCAAGAAAAACCCCCCGCGGUACUUCCGGCCCAAGAGACAGAGCGGGCCAUGGAGAUCCUCAAAGUGCUCUUUAACAUCACCUUUGACUCAGUCAAGAGGGAGGUGGAUGAGGAAGACGCUGCCCUUUACCGGUACCUGGGGACCCUUCUGCGACACUGUGUGAUGGUUGCUGCUGCUGGAGACCGCACAGAGGAGUUCCAUGGCCACACUGUGAAUCUCCUGGGGAACUUGCCCCUCAAAUGUUUGGAUGUCCUUCUCGCCCUGGAGCUACAUGAAGGAUCCUUAGAGUUUAUGGGAGUCAAUAUGGAAGUGAUCAGUGCCCUGCUUGCCUUCCUAGAGAAGCGUCUGCACCAGACCCACAGGCUGAAGGAGUGUGUGGCACCUGUGCUGAGCGUGUUGACAGAAUGCGCCCGCAUGCACCGUCCUGCCAGGAAGUUCCUGAAGGCCCAGGUCCUGCCCCCUUUGAGGGAUGUGAGGACUCGGCCUGAAGUGGGGGACCUGCUUCGAAACAAGCUUGUCCGCCUCAUGACACACCUGGAUACAGAUGUGAAGAGGGUAGCUGCUGAGUUCCUCUUUGUCUUAUGCUCUGAGAGUGUGCCCCGAUUCAUCAAGUACACAGGCUACGGAAAUGCUGCUGGCCUCCUGGCUGCCAGGGGCCUCAUGGCUGGGGGCCGGCCCGAGGGCCAGUACUCAGAGGAUGAAGACACCGACACAGAGGAGUACAGAGAAGCUAAGGCCAGCAUCAACCCUGUGACCGGAAGGGUGGAGGAGAAGCCACCCAAUCCUAUGGAAGGCAUGACAGAGGAGCAGAAGGAACAUGAGGCCAUGAAGCUAGUGAACAUGUUUGACAAGCUCUCCAGGCACAGAGUCAUCCAACCCAUGGGGAUGAGUCCCCGGGGUCACCUCACCUCUCUGCAAGAUGCGAUGUGUGAGACCAUGGAGGGGCAGCUCUCCUCAGACCCCGACUCAGACCCUGACUGAAGAUGGCAGCGACGUCGCUCCCCUUCAGAACUGGUGCUGCUUCCAGACGUGUCCUUGGGGUGCUGCCUGGAGAACCCACGCUCCUCUCCAGCAGGGGAGCCUUUCUCUUUACUCCCCACACUAUCCAUGAUUUGCCUUUGGUCCAGUUUCUCGUCUUUAGGACUGUGGUAGUCUUACUCUCUGUGAAGACUGGGAAACCACCCUUAAUUUCCACAAGCGAAGUUGUUUCUUUGAAUGUUUGCCAAGCAUAUGCCAUGGCUGCAGACACAUAUGGCCUUGGCACAUCAAUGAACAUGCAUGUAUGAGGGUGGUGACUGAGUAGGUGUACAUUGUAUAAGCAUGUGUGGGCUGGCAUGGGAGCCCAGAGCCCGUAUGUGGGGCAUAUGCUGUGUUUCACACAUGGAAGAAUCUAUUGGAACCUAUUGGUUUAAAUAUGUCAGAAACACAGAGCAUCACAAUUCCUAUUUGUGGCCCCACUGAUCACAGGGCCAGUGGCGUCUUUUGAAUUCUUCUUGGUCCUGGCUCAGCCACCACUGCAUUAUCCACAUACCCAAGCCUCACUGGUUGUGAAAGCUGAGUCAGUCACAACCACUGGUUUAGUAACUGUAUGAAGGCAAACGUUGUAAGACAAGGUAAAAUCUGACAUUUCUGAAGCACAGGAUAAAGAAGAGUUUGGGACAAGAUUGUAUAUCUGUGAAGUAGCCAGAUGAGAGUUUAUUAAAUAGAAACUAAUUUCA